AUGUUCAAAUCCCGUCGUCAUCGCCCAGGAACCGCUCCAUCGCGGAGAUGGCCAACCACCCACCGAAUCGCCUACUCUGCCUUUGUCAUGGCCACACCCCGCCGCUUGCGUUUCCUUCGUGUACACCGUCCUCGCCGGCGACGUGGCCGCGUCACCCAGGACGCACCUAUCUCCGAUUCCCCCCUCUACACCAUCAAAGCAUUCAUCCCCUCCAGCGAUUCGUUCGAUGUCUUUCACCACUGGCGGAUCGUCCCCGGCGAUCCGCUCGACAAGAGCAUCGUCAUCCGGCCGCUGGCAAGUGUCACUCGCUAG